CGGCUUCUUCUACGACAGCAUCUAGAGUGAUAGACCCGACUUGCAGUGUUUGCCUCUUGCGCAGAGACGCCUGUUUUUUAUAUAUUUAUUCUUCCCUCGCAGAAAAAAGCCCGAUGAUGGCUUCGUUACCUUACGCCGCGGACGCUGAAAGUCCCCUCAAGCCCGCAGAGCUGCAGGUCCUGCGCGCCCAGUAUGAGAAAGAGGGCGAAUACGUCGGCGUCCAGACCAAGUUCAACUACGCCUGGGGCCUGAUAAAGUCAAACUCCCGGCCGGAGCAGCAGGAGGGCACCCGGCUGCUGUCUGAGAUCUUCCGCACCGCCCCCGAACGCCGACGAGAGUGUCUCUACUACCUUGCCCUCGGCAACUUCAAGCUGGGCAACUACGGCGAGGCCCGACGGUACAACGACCUCCUGCUCGAGCACGAGCCCAACAACAUGCAGUCAGCCAGCCUGCGCACCCUGAUCGAUGACAAGGUCGCCAAAGAGGGCCUCAUGGGUGCCGCCAUCAUCGGCGGUGUCGCCGUGGCUGCGGGCUUGAUCGGCGGCCUCAUCAUGAGAGGAGCCAGAAAGCGAUGAACAUAGAUACUUAUGACGGCCCUCUUUUUACAUUUGGCGGCUUUCAUGGCCUUGUUCUUUUUUGUUUUUUUGUGUCUCCAUUGUGUACUAUCUUGACUACAUCUACUUUAUCCUCGGCUCUACUUUUUCCUUUUGGCAGGCAUUUGGAAGGGCGUUCUGUUGGCUUUUUUUUUGAAGACCCAGUCUCUCCUCAUGGUACACAGCGCUUAAUGAAGACUUCUUUGACCUUAUUUUGACCUGACUUCGGGCUUCUUUCAGGCCUUUUUUCUCUUUUUAUUUGAUAUCAGAAAUUUUUGAUAUUGAAUUUUCAAUCUCUUAGUGAAAUGACUGCUGACUAAGCAACGACGUCAUCUUUUGGCUUCUUCUUUUCUUUCUGCGCCGGAAGAAAAAAAAGGAACAAACAAGCAACGCACAAAAGGCAGAGCAAAGCGAAGAGUUGGAGAGAAAGAAAGAAGAAGAACGCAGAGAACGCAGAGAGCGAGGCUGCAAGAAGUGAAAGCAGCGGAGAGCAGGCAGACGCAGCAGAAGCAAGACGAAGCUUCGCGAACCUCCGAGAGACCCUCGACCUGCAUCAACCGAUCACUUGCCCAGCCCGUUUGUCCUUUUUGCGCAUCACCAAAGGACUUGUUCCGCUGGCCACCGACACCCUCAGGAUAUACGCUCAGCCACCCGAGCAGAGGCCGCCCUGGUUUUCCGUCCACGCUGUUUACAGCUCUAUCUCCCUGCUCUCUAUCCCGACAGACACCCGUUGCAUCCUCCCCCGCGAGCAAACCCGCCCUCAUUUCGCUAUAAAUACGAAAUUCUAGAACUACCCAGCCUUCGU